AUGAAGUUUGGAUUACAGAUAGGGACUUCUGUGGACCAGCAUCUCUGGAACUCACUGUCUCCGAUUCUUGCACUCGGCAGAGUUUCUUGGCAUUCCUUUGACGAUCCUCUCUUUGUUGUGAACUCUUUCGAUGGAUUUGGAGGCUUUCCUCUCUUCCUGAAAGAUCCACCUGCAAAUGACAUCUUUGAUAGAAGCAUUCAGCCUCCAAAGAAGGAAAAAGAAGAGGACUUAUGGACUAAUACAAGUCCUGCUGCUAAAGGCUUACCGUCAGAAGCACCACAAGUUCUCAGAGGAGACAUGGGCAUGAAGGUAGAACAAGUCCUUCACAUGGUUGGAGGGGCGGGGGAAACCAGCAAUGCUCUCAACUAUGAGUUUCAGGAGAAAUCACUUUUUAUCAUGACGAAGCCGAUGCCGGAGGAUGCAAUAGAAGGGGUUUACGAGCUGCUGCUCCCUGAGAGAACGGUGGUGGCUGACCUCGGCUGUUCCUCGGGCCCUAACACUUUUGCUGGUGGUCUCCGAGGUGCUCGACGUCGUCAGUGGCAUGUGGGGAGGCACGGGGCCUCAGGAGCCACCGGAGAUCCAGUUCUUCUCGAAUGACCUCCCCGGAAAGGAUUUUGAUCACGUCUUCCGCUCCCUGUAAGAAUACAAGAGGAAGGUUAAGGAGGAGAAGGGGGAUAUGCUUGUGCCGUACUAUGUUGUGGGACUGCCAGGCUCCUUCUACGGAAGGCUUUUCCCAUGCAGGAGUGUCCACCUCUUUCACUCCUCCCCCAGUCUCAUCUGGCUCUCUCAGGAUACCCUCUGCAAUGGCUACUUGUUCUUUACACCUUGAACAAGCUUCACUUUCUUUGGAUUCCUGCAUGCGGUUGGUCAUAUUACAUGGAAGUAAUACCAUUAAAAAUUGGUGUAUGCUCUGAAUGUUGUAUAGAGACUUGGUGCCAUGUGACUAAAUACCACUGAAAGGCAUGAUAAACUUACUCAUCA